UUAGCCUUAAACCGAGUUUCCCUCCAGCCCUGAGUGGGGAGCAGCUCUCAGUACCGGGUGAGGCACGGAACACUUCAGCUAUUUCAGCCACAUGCAAAGCAUCGGAAUUGAGAUCACAGCUCAGAGGACACCGGGCGUCCCUUCCACCUUCUGAGGAGCCUUGUAUUCUUGCACCUGGCUGCUUGGGACGUUCCUUAGGCAGUCAACAAAUACAUAAAGCAGGGAUAAGACCCUGUGAAUAUGUCGAAACAGCCGGUUUCCAAUGUCAGAGCCAUCCAGGCAAAUAUCAACAUCCCCAUGGGAGCCUUUCGGCCGGGAGCUGGGCAACCCCCCAGAAGAAAAGAGUGUACUCCAGAAGCGGAGGAGGGUGCUCCUCCCACCUCAGAUGAGGAGAAGAAGCCAAUUCCAGGAGCAAAGAAACUUCCAGGACCUGCGGUCAACCUAUCAGAGAUCCAGAAUAUUAAAAGUGAACUUAAAUAUGUCCCCAAAACUGAGCAGUAGUUGGAAGAAAGAAGGUGAGUGA